AUGCCCUCUAAAUCGAAUUCAGCCGCUACGGACGCUAUUUCUGUGGAACAGAAAAUUAGACGGGAAUUGAACUUGUCUAAGGAGGUCAUUACGAUUAGGCGUAAUGCUCCAGCCGCUGUUUUGUACGAGGAUGCUUUGCACGAGAGGAAGACCGUGAUUGCGUCUUCUGGUGCUUUGAUUGCUUACUCCGGUGAAAAGACCGGUAGGUCCCCCAAGGAUAAGCGUAUUGUGGAGGAGGAGACCUCUAAGGAUAACGUCUGGUGGGGCCCCGUCAACAAGCCCUGUUCGGAGAGAACGUGGGAGAUUAACCGUGAGAGAGCCGCUGACUACUUGAGAACGAGAGACCAUCUGUACAUUGUGGACGCGUUUGCCGGGUGGGACCCGAAAUACAGGAUUAAAGUCCGUGUCGUUUGUGCUAGAGCGUACCAUGCCCUGUUCAUGACCAAUAUGUUGAUUAGACCAAGUAAAGAGGAAUUGGCGAAUUUUGGUGAGCCUGAUUUCACCGUGUGGAACGCGGGGCAAUUCCCUGCCAACAUGCACACUCAGGAUAUGUCCUCGAAGAGUACCAUCGAAAUCAACUUCAAAGCCAUGGAGAUGGUUAUCUUGGGGACAGAGUACGCAGGGGAGAUGAAGAAGGGGAUCUUCACCGUUAUGUUCUACUUGAUGCCCGUCCACCAUAACGUGCUAACGUUACACUCGUCUGCCAACCAGGGGAUCAAAAAUGGGGACGUCACUUUGUUCUUCGGGUUGAGCGGGACAGGUAAGACCACUUUGUCCGCUGACCCACACAGACUGCUGAUCGGUGACGACGAACACUGCUGGUCCGAUCAAGGUGUCUUCAACAUCGAAGGUGGAUGCUACGCUAAAUGUAUCAACUUAUCCGCGGAGAAGGAACCAGAGAUCUUCGACGCGAUCAGAUUCGGGUCCGUCCUGGAGAACGUCGCGUACGACGAGAAGUCACACGAGGUCGAUUACGACGACUCGACCAUCACGGAGAACACAAGGUGCGCUUACCCGAUCGAAUACAUCCCAAGCGCAAAGAUCCCAUGUCUUGCCGAUUCGCACCCGAAGAAUAUCAUCCUGCUAACUUGUGAUGCCUCCGGUGUACUACCACCAGUGGCCAAAUUGUCCCCAGAACAGGUCAUGUACCAUUUCAUCUCUGGGUACACCUCGAAGAUGGCUGGUACAGAACAAGGUGUCACUGAACCGGAACCUACUUUCUCCUCGUGCUUCGGCCAACCUUUCUUGGCGUUGCACCCAAUCAGAUACGCAAAGAUGCUAGCCGCGAAAAUGUCAGAACACAAGGCAAACGCUUACUUGAUUAACACUGGGUGGACAGGCUCCUCGUACGUCUCGGGCGGGAAGCGUUGCCCCUUGAAAUACACAAGGGCAAUCCUGGACGCCAUCCACGACGGAUCACUGGCCCAGGCAAACUACGAGUCGCUGCCCAUCUUCAACCUCGAGGUCCCCACCGCAGUCAACGGCGUCCCCCACGAACUACUAAAUCCAGCAAAGAACUGGGCCCAGGGAGAGGCCAAGUACAACGGCGCAGUCUCAAACCUCGCGUCGCUCUUCGUCGAAAACUUCAAGAUUUACCAGGACAAAGCCACACCAGACGUCUUGGCCGCGGGGCCCAUCCUAUAA